CCUCUGAUGUGGACAGGUGCUCUCCACGUAGAUUUAUAAAUAUUUUUUCUUCACAAGCAUGCUUCAUAAGAUUUGCAUCUUCCAGGAAAGAUGUAGAGCCGGAUUUUUGCGUAGUUAUGGCAGACAGCUUAAAUGGGGAACCUGUUCUGUUAAAAGAAAUUUGGUUUCUUUAUUCUUAAACAGUGUGGUUGGCUUUUCGAAUCUCAGUAUAAAGCAUAGACCGCAUUGAGGGCAAGCAGCUCUGUGAUUCACAAUGCAGACGAAAUCAAUGGCGAGUCCCAUGUCUGCAGGUGGGUUUGCUUCAUCAAUUUCCUUCUCUUCAUCCCUCAAAUGCCCACAAACAAUAAGUUAUUUGUUGCCCAGAUUUAGAAACCCAUUAACAAUAGACCCUAGGUUUUUAAAACUCUCAUUGGAAAAGUCAUGUAGUUCUAGGGUGGUCACAUGCGCGGUUGCUAAUACAGAGCGAUUAGCUCCCAAAAUUGAUCUUCAUACUGGGCAAGAUAGAGUGGACAUAUUGUCAGAGGCCUUGCCCUUCAUUCAGAAGUUCCAAGGUAAGACUGUUGUAGUUAAGUAUGGAGGAGCAGCCAUGAAAAGUGAGGUUUUAAAAGAUGGGGUUAUUAAGGAUUUGGUGUUGCUUUCCUGCGUGGGAUUGAGGCCUGUGUUCGUCCACGGUGGUGGCCCAGAAAUCAAUGAAUGGCUUGGUAAGGUGGGGAUUCAGCCACAGUUUAAGAAUGGUCUGAGAGUCACAGAUGGGCCUACCAUGGAGGUUGUGGAGAUGGUGCUGGUGGGAAAGGUGAAUAAAUCAUUGGUUUCUUUGAUCAAUAGGGCUGGGGGCAAUGCUGUGGGGCUUUGUGGGAAGGAUGGGAAGCUCAUCACUGCAAGGCCAGCAGGCGGUGAUUUGGGUUUUGUGGGAGAAGUUGCUGACGUAAAUACUAGUGUAUUGAAGGCCAUUGUUGCUAACGGUAGCAUCCCUGUGAUAGCGUCUGUUGCAGCUGAUAACAAUGGGCAGGCAUAUAAUAUUAACGCUGAUACUGUGGCAGGGGAAAUUGCAGCUUCUCUGGGUGCAGAGAAGCUCAUAUUGUUGACUGAUGUAGCAGGAUUGCUUUUGGAUAGAAACAAUCCCCAGUCACUUGUGAAGGAAGUGGAUAUAAAAGGCGUGAAGAAGCUUAUGGAGGAGGGGACUGUUUCUGGUGGAAUGAUUCCUAAAGUGAAUUGCUGUAUUAGGUCUAUCGCGCAGGGAGUUCGAACUGCUAGUAUCAUUGAUGGGAGGCUUCCUCAUUCUUUGCUGUUUGAGAUUCUUACAGAUGAAGGGGCCGGGACAAUGAUCACAGGUUGAUUGAGUGAUACGUGAUGUGUUUGAGGAAUGUUUCUUCUUUUUGGCUGCUUCAGUUAUUAUUGUAGGUUUCUUGCCAUGAAUAAAUAUUUCAUGUCUUCGUAUUCUGAUUUAUAUUGGAAUAGGGUUUUGACAUGCACAAAGUGGGUGAUUCAUAUCACAAUCCAGUAAGAGUUUGUUAAUUGCAAAAAUUGCCGAGCUCCUAGCUCCUCUAGAAUAUCUAGAAAGUGGGGAUAAAUAUUGCACAAUAUGCAAUGGAGAUAUAUAAUCUUCUGUAAGAGUCUUUUUUUCAUUUAUCAAUUAAAUAAAUUGGCGAGUUCUAAUUACCAUU